CAUGCACUACACUCGAAGCAGUCUGAUGAGGCCACGUGGUUCCUACUGAACGAUGGAAUAAUGACCAGGUAACCAUUCAAGCAAAAUGAUGAUAUGGCAGAAGAGUUGAGGAAUCGUUCAGCUCAACGAGAUGGGUAAUAAUAGACUACGAUCUUUUACAGCCAAAGGUCCUCGGAAUGUUCAUACAAGAAUUAUGGCGACCCUGAAUGCAGCUAAUAUUGUAUCUUGGAACUCUACACUCAUGCUGACUUCGGCUUGGCCCGCAGGUUAUGCCUCUGUUCAUCUAAGCCAAAUCGCAAUGCUCUGCCCUCUUCGUCCAGGGUAUCGGAACAAAUGCUCAAAUGAAGUAGCAGCAUUCGUUGCUCGGUACUAAGACGGUCGCUCUCAGGCCUCCCAAGCAGUUUUCCGGUACGAUAUUCUUUGUCACAGUGCUGACGGUUAUGGGCGACUGUGGAGUGUGGACCGUCUCUUGCAACAUCGAAUC